CUCAACACCAAGACGACAUCUUUGUCUCGGAGCCGAGCGUCAGAACUCCCGUCGCCAAGGACGGCCCCCGCAUCCUGCAUGCCGGGCCGAGAAGUUCCCAGGCCGUCCCUCUAUAGAGGAUUACCGGCCAUCAGCUCCUCCAGAAUCGAAUUAUUCGCAGUGUCAGAAAACAAAAUCGUCACAUUCAUUGUUGAUCAACCCACGCAACCAAAUCCGAACCCCGUCCAAUGCCGGCCUGGGCCCUCAGCUCCCGGCACCAACCGGCAGCGGGACCCGCCUUUUUCCUGGCGCUCGGAGCCUUCCUCGGCAUCUCGGCAACCCUCCUCGCCAGCGCCCGCCAGAAGUACUCCCCAGCCCGGAAAUGCAUCCCCUCCCCGCUAACAACGCUUCUCCCCAACCUCACCGAACUCGAAAUCGCCUCCCUCCCCUACCCGCCCCACGUCCUCCCCGGCGGCCGCAGUGUGCAAACCCCCUACGGCACCAUCCGCUGCUUCGAAUGGGGCCGUGAGGACGGAGAAAAGGUCCUCCUCCUGCACGGCAUCAGCACCCCCUGCCUGUCGCUCGGCAACCUAGCCGAGGCGCUGGCCGCCAAGGGAUGUCGCGUCAUGGUAUUUGACCUGUUCGGACGGGGCUACUCGGACGCACCGGACCCCGGGGAGGACGGCGGCGUGCCGUAUGACCUGCGGCUGUACACGGCGCAGAUCUUGCUGGUGCUGGCCUCGUCGCGGCUGGCGUGGACGGGGGAUGACGGGUUUCAUCUCGUGGGUUACUCGCUUGGCGGGGGGUUGGCAGUGGGGUUUGCGAGGUAUUUUGCGAGGAUGGUCAGGUCGGUUGUGGUGGUUGCCGGUGGCGGGUUGAUUAAGAAGGGGCACGUGAGCUGGAGGAGUCGGGCGUUGUAUUCGAAGGGGUGGUUGCCGGAGGGGGUGUUGCAGUGGUUGAUUAAGCGGAGGCUCACGCCGAGGGGGAAAGGGGAUGGCAGGGUUACCGAGACAAAGAUGGCUACUGAGGUGGUGGACAUCAAGGGGAUGGAACAUGAGGACAGUGAUGCGAGCGGGGGGCAUUCGUUUGAUAAUGCCGUGCUGCUGGCGAGGAGACCGGAGCAUACCGUCUCGUCGGUGAUGGGGUGGCAGCUGCGACAUCAUCAGGGCUUCAUCCCAGCAUUUGUUAGCAGCAUCCGAUAUGCGCCCAUCUACGAGCAGAAGGAGGACUGGUAUGAGCUCGGGAGGCAGCUAGCGGAGAGGAGAGAGAGGUCUGGUUGGGAGAAUACAGCGGAUGAUUUACCCGGGCUCAGGGGAGGGAAGAUCCUUCUUGUUUUGGGAGCGUCGGAUCCGGUGAUUGUGAAGGAGGAGUUGAUACAUGAUGCCACGACUGUUCUCGGCGAGGACGGAUUUGAAGCCGUGUUGUUAGAUGCCGGUCAUGAGCUUGUCAUGAGCAAGGGAGCCGAGGUUGCCGACGUUAUCUCCAAUUUCUGGGAGCAAUCCCAGGGUGACGCAGAAGUGACGGGGACAUAGAUAACGCUACUAAUAGAUAGAAGUUGCACACCUAGAUACAAUUGAAGUUAACACAUUGAGAAACGUAAAGUUGAGCA